AUGAUUGUGCCUGCUUUUGCUGUUGGUGCUACUACUAAAUCUCCCACCUCUGCACCUUUCAGUCCGUCUCCUGUCUCUCUAUCUGAUAUUGCGUCUCUUCUUCAGCAUCUUCUCUUUGUUUCUGGUAAAACCCCUGCUGCUUUUUUGACCCCUCCAGAUGAUGUUGAUGGUAUUUCUGAUCUCAAGGGAUCCCUUCAGCGCACUUUUGAUAUGAAAGAUCUUGGUUCUCUCAGCUACUUUCUUGGUCUAGAAGUCAUAUCCACCAAUGAUGGCAUCUAUCUCUCUCAGGCUAAAUAUGCUUCAGAUCUCCUUGCUCGAGUCGGAAUUACAGAUAGUUGCACUAAAUCUACUCCUCUUGAGCCUAAUGUUCGAUUUACUCUUAUGGAUGGUACUGUUCUGGAUAAUCCUACUCUUUAUCGACAGCUAGUUGGCGGACUCGUCUACUUAUUAACUGUCACAACCCGACCAGACAUCGCCUAUUCGGCGUACUCAGAUACUGAUUGGGCUGGUGAUCCUACUGAUCGUCAUUCCACUACUGGUUAUUGUUUAUUUCUUGGUGACUCUCUCAUUUCCUGGCGAGCUAAGAAGCAAACAUUCACUGCUCGAUCAAGCACCAAAGCUGAAUACCGUGCCCUUGCUGACACCACUGCUGAAGUUAUCUCGAUUCGUUGGCUUCUCACAAACUUGGGUGCUUCUCAGUCAUCCCCAACUGAUCUAGAUGGAUCAUUCACUCUCACUACAUUCAUUCUUCUAGAUAUGGAAAUCUAA